UUAUCUCGCUUUGCCUUCAAACAGGGCUCCAGUGUCCCGUCCCAAGGACGUCCCCCGUUGCCGUCCAACUCCACCUCGCUGUCCCUUCCUCCGCUGUCCCCGGAUAGGGAGCCGAGCUGGAAAGCCAGGGGACGCUGCACCCCCCGCGGGUGACUGAGAACACAGUCCUGGAAACGGUCCUGCCUGCGCCUAGCUAGGCAGGAAUUCUGUAACCGAGGGACUCCAUCUGCCCACCUGAGCAAUAUGAAGAUUUCAUUCAUCGAGCCCGCCAUUCUCCUAAACGCUUUUGCUAUGACCCUGACCGUCCCGCUAACAGCGCAGUAUGUGUACCGGAGGAUCUGGGAAGAAAACGGUAACUACACCUUUGAUUCCGGUGGCAAUGUCUCUGAAUGUCACCAAAACAAAAGCGACCCGAUCUUUGCAUUCCGGGAGGAGGUUCAGAAAAAGGCAUCUCUCUUCAACCUGCAGGUGGAAAUGAGUGGGUUAAUUCCUGGCCUGCUGUCCACCUUCAUGCUUUUAUCAAGCAGUGACAACCAUGGACGGAAACUCCCCAUGGUCCUGUCGUCUCUUGGCUCUCUAGGAACCAACGUCUGGCUGUGUGUGCUGUCCAACUUUGGCCUUCCUCUCCAGUUUCUGAUCGCAUCCACCUUCCUUGGUGCCCUCUUUGGGAAUUACACCACGUUUUGGGGCGCUUGCUUUGCCUACAUUGUGGAUCAGUGUAAAGACUACAAGCAGAAAGUCAUUCGAAUAGCCAUCCUGGAUUUUAUGCUCGGAGUCGUUACUGGGCUAACGGGCCUGUCAUCUGGCUAUUUUAUUCGAGAACUGGGCUUUGUGUGGUCCUAUUUCAUCAUUGCCGUAGUUCUUACAGUCAACCUGACCUACAUUUCAUUUUUCCUCAAGGAUCCCAUAAAGGAGUCUUCAUCUCAGGUUGUCACUAUGUCCUGUAGUGAAAGCCUCAAGGACCUGUUUUACCGGACGUACAUGCUUUUUAAAAAUGGCUCCGGUAAGCGGCGGUCUUUGCUCUGUCUGCUGAUUUUUACCAUAGUCAUGUAUUUUUUUGUGGUAAUCGGCAUCUCUCCAAUUUUCACACUUUAUGAGCUGGCCUCUCCACUCUGCUGGAAUGAGGUUUAUAUAGGCUAUGGGACAGCUUUGGGCAGCGUCUCCUUCUUGAGUAGUUUCCUAGGCAUAUGGCUGUUUUCCUAUUGCUUGGAGGACAUUCACAUCGUCUUCAUUGGUAUUCUGACCACCAUGGUGGGAAUGAUACUGGUUGCUUUCACCAGGACCACCCUGAUGAUGCUUUUAGUCAGGAUACCAUUCUUUUUCACCAUGAUGCCAUUCUCUGUCCUGAGGUCCAUGCUGUCAAAGGUGGUCCACUCGACUGAACAAGGUGCGCUGUUCGCUUGCAUAGCUUUCUUAGAGACACUCAGUGGAGUUGCUGCAACCUCUGUUUACAACGGUAUUUAUUCUGCCACUGUUGCUUGGUACCCUGGCUUCAUUUUUCUUCUGUCUGCUGGCCUCCUCGUCCUCCCAGCCAUCGGCCUAUGGGGUGUCAAGUGCAUUGGCUGGGAAGAGGAAAGCUACACGCUCUUCGUCCCAGAAGAGCCCAGUGAGCACGCAUCAGAGUGACGCCAGGCAGCAGUAAUGCCCAUGUCAUACGCACAGCUCCUGAAGAACAUGCACCUCACAAUCAGUAUGUCAUUAGCGGUCUGUUACCAGGUCCUUUCCCUAAGCCGAGCGAGCUGUGAGGCAGCGCCUGGCUCUGUUUCUGCGGCCAUCCAACACACAGUGUUCUUCAGUACAGCAAGAACAGGCCCCAGCGCCCUCCUCUCUUCUCCAUGGACCAGAGGAGCAAAGCGGAGAGCGGAGGAGGGCUUGGGAAACCGCAAUAAGACUUGAAGCAGUAACCUCACUGACGUGCUCCCGUCUCUCAAGGAAACCAAGGAGUCCCAGCCUCAGUCUGUCUGUCUGUCUGCACAAUGGGCUUCUGACCCCUCAGGGAAUUUGAUGACAGAAUGAAGAAUUCUUAUGCUGAAUAAUCACUGGUAUGAAAAUAAUGUUCCAGGCACUUAAAAUUUUCCCUAUACUUGACUGUUCUGUAAGACUCUAUCAAGGCCCCAUUGAUGAAUGCAGAAAUCCUCAUAGAGAAGCUCUUUUUAAAAUAAGUAUUUUUCACUUUUCCUACUAUUUUACUCAGUGGCAAGCUUGAUGAUGUUUUUUGUAUGUAAUGGGGGAAUGAGUACAAGUUCAGAUUAUAAAUAAAACUGUCCUAGAUUCUAAAA